AUGAAUCAAGACUUUUGGGAAACAUUAUCAAAAGAUAUAAAUCGAGGAUUUAUUGCAACAAAUCGUCAAGAUUUUAUUCGUGCUUGCCAACAAAGAAUACGAGCCCCAGUAAUGGAUGAAGACAUAAAUGAAAUCGAUACAUUUACUUAUAUUAGAGAGAAGGAUGAUUAUGCCUUUAAUAUAGAAGCUUUAUAUGGUAGUUCGUGUGAGGGAGAAGUCAGACAAUUUGAAAGUAUGAUCAAACAAAUUUAUAAAAAUCCAGAGGAUAAUGAUGUAUAUAAUAAAAAUUUUACAUUCCCUGAAGAUUUAAGAAAAGCAAUGGAUAAACUUCCUGAAUAUGAAUUCUAUGAAGAGUACUAUGGUUCAUUAGUUGAAAAUAUAAAAUUAACUGAAAUAACAUCAAAUUCGGAUCAUAUUACGUUUACCCCAAAAUGGUUCUGGGCAAAUCCACUUAACAAAAAAACGACAACACUGGAUGAACCUUAUACGGUUUUUAUGUUAGGCUCAUUAACUUCAGUUAUCACCCAAAACAAACGAGUAUAUAGUCAAAUUCGUAUCUUCAUCAAACAUAGGUGGGAUGUUUCAUGCCUCGUUACAAUGGACCAUUCACAUUACGCAUCCAAGAAAAAUUGUCGAACAAUCAUGAGUCAUGAUGACUAUCAAAGUUCUGAAGAAUGCUCUAAGACUUGCCUUCAUGAUCUAGACCCAACGAAUCCAAGUCCAUUGCACCAAUACCUAGUUAUGCAAUUUAACCAUAUCUUCACUACAACUCAAUCAAGUGGUGGAUUCGAUUUCUCUUACACACAAUUGAUUGACGAAGAUAAUGGAUAUAUAAUGUGCCCUGAAUGUGGAAUAAUCACUAUUUAUGGUAAAUCCGGACCUCAUAAUUGUGACAAUAACAUUCCUCAAACCUGUAAAAACGGGCAUAUAAUAGUUACAGGAGAUCAUGAAUAUAGAUGGGAUGCUAUAUUAUUAAGAAAUGGGAAAAAUUGGACAUCUAAACGUCAAAAGUUACCUGAACACAAUGCACUCUUUAAACAACAAAAUCCUGAUGCUACAAUUGCCUGCCCUCUUAAUUAUGAUAUGCUACUUAAAGGUAGAAUUAUGCUUUUAACUAUACCUUAUGCACAUGCUUCAUUUUCUUGUUUACACAAUUUAGAUGUCUUUAAAAGGUAUACUUUAUAUUUCUAUGAUAAUCAUGAAGAAUGUAUUAUUAGUGUUAAUGAUGGUUAUAAUCACUUAAUGUCCUAUAAGAGGCUAGAUGAUGAGAACUAA